CUCUUAGCAUGACUUCCCUCUCUUUUUUUAUUUCACACCCCCCCACCCCCAACGCAGACAAACACACUUUCUGCCUAGACACCCUCACUCUCCCCUCCCUCUCUCUCUCUCUCUGCCCUCCUUCUCUCCCUCUCUCUGUCCAUCCCUGGUUUUAUCCCUUCAUCUCUGAUCUCCCUUCAUCCCCCUGAAUCCUCAUCUGCAGGAGAGAGAAAGCGUUCGCUGUGUGCGUGCGCGUACGUGUGUGUGUGUGUGUGUGUGCGAGAAAGAGUGAAUGAGAUGAAGAGAGCCCCCAUGAAAGAGGACAAAAACAUUUAAUCACAAAAGAGGGGGACUGAAAAAAGUGACAGAAAUUUCAAAGAAAGAGAAUCCUGCAUUUGGAGAUUAAAAGUCAAAUUCAUUUGGUCACAAGAUUUGACAGAGACAGAGGCAAACAGAGAAAGCAGAGGAGACAGGAAGAGGCAUAAGAAAGAAAAGAUAGCUAAUCAUCUCUCUGUUUUGAAGUGACUGCACCUACCAGCCGUUGCCAUGGGUGAAAUGGAGCAACUGCGUAAGGAGGCAGACAGCCUGAAAGAUCAGAUCACUGCCGCACGCAAGGAAUUUCAGGACCAGACCCUGCAGGACGCGGCUUCCGGGAUCACCGUGGUCAGCCGUGUCCAGCUGAAGACCAGAAAGACACUGAGGGGUCACCUGGCAAAGAUCUAUGCCAUGCACUGGUCUACCGACUCCAAGUUGUGUGUCAGUGCAUCACAGGACGGCAAGCUCAUUGUGUGGGACAGCUACACCACCAACAAGGUAAAUGCCAUCCCCCUGAAGUCGUCGUGGGUGAUGACGUGUUCGUACGCACCAUCAGGGAACCUGGUGGCCUGCGGCGGCCUGGACAACAUGUGCUCCAUCUACAACCUGAAGGGCAAGGACGGCAACGUGAAGGUCAUGCGUGAGCUGGCCGCGCACACAGGUUACCUGUCCUGCUGUCGUUUCCUGAGCGACAGUGAGAUCAUCACCAGCUCUGGUGACUGCACCUGCGUGCUGUGGGACAUCGAGACAGGCACGCAGAAGACCGUUUUUGCAGGCCACAUGGGCGACUGCAUGUCCUUGGGCGUGUCACCCGACUUCAAAAUGUUCAUCUCCGGGGCCUGCGACUACACGGCCAAGCUCUGGGACAUCAGGGAGGGCGUCUGCAGACAGACCUUUGGGGGCCACGAAAGCGACAUCAACGCCAUUGGGUUCUUCCCCAACGGGAACGCGGUGAUAACGGGCUCCGAUGACUCCACCUGCAAGAUGUACGACCUGCGGGCCGACCAGGAGCUGAUCACCUACCAGGACUCCGGCAUCAUGUGCGGAGUCACCUCCCUGGCCCCGUCGCUGUCCGGCCGCCUCCUCCUGGCCGGAUACGACGACUUCAAUUGCAACAUCUGGGACUCGCUCAAAGCGGAGAGAGUGGGAGUGCUGGCUGGUCAUGACAACAGAGUGAGCUGCAUUGGGGUGACGCCUGAUGGAAUGGCAGCUUGCACAGGAUCCUGGGAUAGCUUCCUGAAGAUCUGGAACUGAACCAGCCCUUGAGAGGCAGUGAGGAGGAAGGUUAACCAGACAGGGAGGGAGAAAUGGGUAGAAAAGAGGACAGAGGUUUUUGGCUCUGGGGAGGGGGGGGGGGGUAUUGGGAAUUAGAGGGUGUUUGUUGUGCCAUUUCAAGUUCUUUGUGUUGUGAGAGGGUUUGUGAUUGAGGGAGACACUCUCCUCUCUUCCCACAUCUCUCUCCCUCCCUCAAACAAAAGCCAGGGAGAGGAAAUCUGGGGUCUUUUAAAACUAUCCUUGAAGAUGAUUCUAUCUGCCAUGCCUCUGAGGAAGAAAAUGGUGGCGCUUAAUCUAAAAAACAAAUCUGAUGCAGUCAUGGCAACUGCUAAAAUGAAAAAGGAUUAGUAUCAGAAUAGAAUCUAUACUACCUAGGCUUGAAAUGUUAAUCAAUCAAAUCAAAACAUUUUUAUGGAAGUAGGAUAUACACAGGUAUGUAAGUAUAGCAAGUUUGCUUUUUGUUUGUUUAGAAUUUCCCUUGUUAGUGGUUAUUUAUUAGAUACUCGAUUAGUCAAUUGAUUAGUGUGCAGUUUGGUGUACGGUAUAGUUUUGCCACACCACACUACAGGUGUGUAUAUGCAACUGGAAUAUAUUCACCCUCAUUCUGGCUCUUUAUAGUUAUUUGGUCAAAAAACCUCGGCGUGAGCCAAAAUGGCAGCAGCUCUGCUUUCACUGAGCAAAACGUUGAGCUGACAGAUGGGAUUGCCAAACAGUUCACCUAGCGCUUUCAAAAACAAAAACAUGACCUUCUUUUGAAUAGACAGAAUCAACAUUCAAAAACAUCCCCAUCAGUAAUACACCAAACCCAACAGAGCCAGAUGGUUAAUUUUGCUUUACAUUUAGCUCGCAUUUUGUAAUAAAUCAACAGCAACAAUCACAGCCAAUUUGAUAACCCACUAUUUGCUGAUUCAGGUUACACGCAGAAUUCCACUACAAGAUUUAAAACUAUGAUUAUUCUCUAGUAAAAGGGUCACUUCAAACUUUAUCUUAUGCAACUAUGCACUACAAUCAUACUGCACUGGUUUGAGUUGUAGGCCUACAAAGAAAAAGAAUGUCUUACUAUGGUAUGAAAUUUACCCUCCCUAACUUUUACUGCCUUUUGUAGUGAUUUUUACACAUUAAGCCUGUCUAAAACAAUUACCUUUCUAAUAAACACAGAAUUCUGCAUUAAA